AGAUGUACAAUAUGGCGGAUAUUUUUCGACGGCAGUUUCAUACGUCUCGUAUUGGAUCAGGUCGAUCUCUUCAACCCCUCAACGAUCGUAGUCGUAUGGAGCAUCGUUCUUCACCCACCACCCACUCUCCAAAGCUUUGUCCCCUACAUUCCUGUAGGAGAAGUUACAGCUCUGAAAGGAGGAGUAGUACUUUUAAACACCUUCAUGGUCAAGAACAGAACCGGUUCAAGGCCUCUGGACGAAACGCGAAGCUUAUUCCAGUCACUAGACUUGAAGACGGACAAGUCAUCAGAACUGCCGAGUUCCACCCGAGUGGACGUUUCUAUGCAAGUGGAGCUAAUUCCAAAUCAUUACGAAUAUGUGCAUAUCCAAGACUGAAUGAACUGAGUGAAAAGUACGAGACCCGCAAACCAACUAUCUUAAUGGAGAAAAUGAAACAUCACAAGGGCUCCAUCUAUUGUCUGGCAUGGAAUGGAACUGGCGAUCUUUUGGCAACAGGUUCCAAUGAUAAGUCAAUCAAGUUGAUGAGAUUUAACCCUAAAAGCUGUAAUAUUGAAGGUGGCGCUGCAGAGCUCACGAUGCACAGCGGAACUGUUCGAGACCUGUGUUUCAUGGAUGACUUAAGUAAUCGGUCCAGUUUGCUUAUCAGUGGUGGAUCCAUCGAUAAUAAAAUCUUUAUAACUGACUGCGAGACAGGGAUAGCCUUUCAGACUUUAACUGGGCAUUCUGGCACAAUUCUUUCCCUUUACACCUGGGGUGGAGCCACUUUUGUUAGCGGAUCGCACGACAGGACGAUUCGGUUUUGGGAUCUACGCUCAAGAGGCUGUGUUAACGUCAUAUCCGCCCCACCAGCUUCUGGUUCUGGACCAGGAAGUUCAGUGGCUGCAGUGUGCGUUGAUCCAUCAGGCCGGCUGCUUGUCUCUGGUCAUGAGGACUCCACGUGCAUGUUGUAUGACAUCACAGGCUGCAAGAUAAUUCAGUGUUUCCAGCCUCAUGAUGCUGAAAUUCGAACUAUUCGCUUCUCUCCUAAGGCUCACUAUCUGCUUACUGGAUCUUAUGAUCAUAAAGUAAUCUUAUCAGACUUACAGGGUGACCUUUCCCAGCCAAUCCCAGGGAUCGUGGUGGCAGAGCACAAAGACAAGAUAAUCCAAGCACGGUGGCAUCCCACUGACUUUUCAAUACUUACCACCAGUGCGGACAAAAGCGUCACCUUAUGGGGAUUACCUACAAACUGAACAUUAGAAUUAUUGAGGUUUUUAUUAUAUAUAUAUAUAUAGAGAGAGAGAGAGAGAUCUUGUUUAAAUAAGAUUGGUAUCAUUUUGUUAUAUACUUUACUAAUUAAAUACUUGCAUUUUUAUUACAAAUAUAAAUGACGAAUACCCAACCCAGAUGACCGAUAAAAUUAUCUUAACAAUAAUUUAAAAUAUAUACGAAAAAAAUAAUAAUAAUAAACCAUGGAAAUGUGUUAUAUAGUUACUAAAAAUAAUUAAAUUUUUGCUGAAUUUGAUAAUUUAAAAAUUUAUAGACUGUUCUUGGAGUCUUCAUCGUUGUUAAUUCUUAAUCCGCAGGUUUCGGAUCUUGGCGCCCUCCAGUGGCACAGCGGUAUGUUUACAGACUUACAACGCUAGAAACCGGGUUUCGAUACCCGUGGUGGGCAGAGCACAGAUAGCCCAUUGUGUAGCUUUGUGCAUAAAAUUCAAACACAUCAAAUUCGGAUCUUGGCAGCUAUCUUUACACUUUUCUACUGAAAUUAUUCGAUAUGUCUUUGUGUAAGUUAGCUAAGCCCUCACUGUUAAAUUUAGCUGCGUGUUUUUAUUUUUGUAGGAAACAAAAUAAAAUUUCAUUAAAAAUAGAAA